AUGACCUGGGACAAGGCGAUUUACAUGGCCACACCUCCACCGCCACAAUUCUGGGCGAGGUCGCUGAGGGCAUGUAGUUGGUCAAUGCUGAUGUUAGGCACCUGCUUCAGCAUGGUGAUGGUCGGAAAUAGGGAGUGGAGAGUGGUGCGGGAAGGCCCCAUGGUUUGGCUUACAUUGGCCUUCGCAGUCUUGACGAUUCUCUCUGCCAGUACCUGUGCCUUGCUGAUGUGGAGGCAAAAGUACGAGUGGAAGGUAACUCAAGUGGCAUUGUUUGCCAGCAGCGCAUUUUUGGCCGCCGUGUUGGCAGCCAGCACUUUCCAGACGUCCUUCCAGAGGCCUCCAAACUUCGUGCCGUUUCUGAUGGCGCCGAUCAUUGCAUGGGCCAUGGAGUGCGAUCGGCUGUUGGGUAUCGAGGCCGUCAAGCAAGCUAAGCAGCUGCGCGACGGGUUCACCGGUCGGAUCCGCGAUGCCAAAACCUCGAACCUGGCAGAUGGCAAGCGCAUCCGCGAAAUCAUCGCGGAAAAUCGGGCCGAGGCUGAUGUUGACAAGGCUGUGGCGGUUCUGCUUCGGAUGAACCUUUCCACGUCGGAGCUGCGUAGAGCCACAGCUCGGGUGGGGGCGCUGGGCAACGCCACAAGUUGGAGUCGCGCCAUCUUCGCCAUCAACAUGUCGUUCUGGAUUACAGCGGCCUUUAACACCUCAAUCUGGAGGAUCGAGCCAGGAUUUCAAUGGGUUCCUUUCGCUGCAACAGCAGAGGCCCUUAUCGUAGGCAUUGGUUUCCAGCUGCUGCCACGCGACCGAAGGGCAUUCGCACAGAGUUCUGGGUCACUCUUGCUGCUCUUCAUUCCCAAGUUCAUUCCAGGCGUACCCGCAGGUGGCAAGUGGGGAGAUGUGAUUUUGCAUGGUGUGGCCGUGCCCUUGCUGAUUAUGAUGGCCUUCGCAGGACCCUCUCGUACGGCACGCGUUCCGGUAUUGGGGCCCAUGCUCGUCCGCUUACUCUUUGGGCAGCAUCCCUGCAGGUUCCAACGGCUUGAAGCUGCGGAAGAUGGGUCUGACAGUCUCCAACUCCAGGGUUUGGAAUCUGGAGCUGCGCACCCGCGAGGGUCUGGCGAUGACACGAGGUUCGCGGACCCUACUGAGAGCUGGGCCGGGAUGUCGGCCGGAAUUGCCGCCUACAUGAGGAGGCCCCGGCCCGCCGCCGAUGGUGCUGAAAUCGCACAGCUUUCCAGCUGGAGCGUUACCGCUGCGGCCGCUGCUACCGAAUGGAGGGAGCCGGAAGAAGACGACUUCGUGUCCAUCUGA